AUGGCUAUACGUAUGCAACAAAUGGCUGGAAAUAUGGGUCUCCUCAACCCUUUUGUCUUCAACCAGUUUGGGGCUUAUGGGGCCUAUGCUCAAGUUAAUGUCACAGAGCAGCAGUUCAUGCAACAGCAGGCAGCACUGAUGGCAGCAGCUACACAGGGCACAUACAUCAACCCUAUGGCUGCCCUUGCCACCCAGAUGCCUCAUGCUGGAGCACCCUUGGCCAAUGGCAUCACCAGCCCAGUUGUCCCGCCCACUUCCGCGUCUGUGCCAUUGGUGUGGGACAUUCAGAGUCCAAAAGUUGGUGCCAGUCAAGCUCAGCCCGUAAACGGCGCAUUGCCCUCCAUGCCUUCCCCUACGAUGCAGAAUUUCAAUAUAGCUCCUCAGCCAGGGCCCAAUAGCCAGCCAGGCGGGAGCGAGGCUGUCUUUGCCAAUGGCCUCCCUCAAACCUUUGCUGCACCCCAACCUAUUCCCAAUGGUGAAGCAGCCACUCUGCAGCCUUCCGCAGCAUACCCGGGCAUGCCUUACUCUGGUGUUGCCGUGUAUCCUGCGCCCGUGUAUGGCCAGUACGCCCAGGCGCCCUCUCCACAACUGGCACCCAUGCCCCACAACAAGGUCGAAGGUUGCUCUAUCUCGGGACCAGAGGGAUGCAAUCUCUUCAUCUACCACCUGCCACAGGAGUUCGGUGAUGCUGAGCUGAUGCAGAUGUUCAUCCCCUUCGGAAAUGUUAUCUCCUCCAAGGUGUUCAUUGACAGAGCCACCAACCAAAGCAAGUGUUUCGGUUUCGUGAGCUUUGACAACCCUGCCUCAGCUCAGGCUGCAAUCCAGGCGAUGAAUGGCUUCCAGAUUGGCAUGAAGCGUCUAAAGGUUCAGCUCAAGCGACCCAAGGAUGCCAAUAGACCCUACUAACGGCCGCACUCAGUAGGGGAGACCAGGGGUAUCCAACGGUGAAUUGGUUCUUGAAGAAGAUGGCUCCGUGUUUAUCAUAGCUUGAAUAUGACAUUUAUAUCAAGUAUUAGGAAUCCAAAGCUUAGGCGAUAAGAAGAAAAUUUAAAAAAAAGAAAAAAAAAAGCGAAGAAAAAUACUAGAAAAAAUUUAACUUCCUCUGCAAGAUGAACAUUAUUCCCAUAUUUCUAUACAACAAGUGCUACAUAUACGAGUCCAGAGAGCUUGAGUUGCUACACUAGCGUCAGAAGGCCUCAUUGGUGGCAAAAGUGAGACAGUCCCUGAAGAACAGGCUGUCACAAUAUUUAAUGCUUAAAGUGGUAUAGUAAGUCCACUGUUGAGGCCUGGGCUGCUGUGUACACAAACUGUAUAUACGUUGUACCUAGCUGUGGCACGGUACCAAAAAGGACUGGGACUGUAUGUCCCUCUCCACUCACAUGUUGAUAGCCAUGUUAUUACUGAGAGUAUGGAAACAAUAUUUUUAAUAUUAAUAAGCCUUCUGUUAAAGUUAUAUUACGUAUCAUAAUAUUUCAACUAUAUCAUAUUGUUAAGAAUAGUAGUAUACUUAAGACACGCUCUAUCAGCUGUACGCCAUUUUGUGCGAGUUGGCCGGGUGAUUUGGAUCUCCCAGCACAGGAUGUGUCCUAACCCGCCCCGCUGACGGGUUGCUCCUUCAGGGUACUAAGUGUUGCGUGUCUCGUGUCUGUUGCCUCACGCCCUGCGCUGUGCCCGGGCACCCACGCAGCCACCACUCCCUGGCUGUCGUCUGUCAUGGCUCGGUAUUCGCCCAUGUUUUUACCUGGUAGUCUGUGGGCGUGCUGUCCACAAGUGCUUAGCUCGAAACUGGGCCUCCAUAGCAGUGACGCCGUGUGCACUGGUGCUCCUCACGCCAUCUUGUGUGUGCCGUGUGGCCGGGCGGGGUUCCAGGACCCCACCAGACCAGGGCGUUGAGGUCUCUUCCAGCUCCACAGUUGGACAACCAAAGUGAUGGCCUCAAAGGGUUCAGAGGCCCCUAGUCUAGUGUCAAACUAGAGGAUUAGCUUCUCUAUACCUGUAGAUGCCUAUAGAUAAAUAGUUUAAAGCGCUAGAUAGCUUUCAAGUAUAGAGGAAGUCUCAUAAAGACACAUUGUAUAUAAGCUGAAGGUAAAAUUUAUAGGACUAUUGACCCUGCAUUUGAUCAUGUGUACAGUGGAUAGCAUAUUCACUAGACUAAGGGUACUAACGCUUAUCUCCAGUCAAUUUUAUAUCAUGAUAUAUUUUUAAAUCAUUUGUAUCCAAUGGUUUAAUAAGAUUUGUGCAUUUCUUUGUGGCUUAGAUUUUUAGACAUCUGUAUGUUUGUCAGAUCAAAGUGGCAUUAUUUUCUAGUCAAGGUGUACUUGUUAUUUUUUUAAAAGAUUACAGUUUGCAGCGAUCUUUCAUCUAUGAUCUCAGACAUUCCAUCUAGUCAUUAUUAUUGUUUUACCUGCAGUCUUGGGUAUUGAUUACUUCUCUUCUCUUAUAAUACUAUAUGUCAUACAUACACAUAACUUUUGAACCAUUGACAGAAAUGUGCCAAGAGAGUUCAAGAUGAUUUCUCCAUUACCUGGUCUAUUUUAUUCAUUUCAUAUAUUUACAUGUUAUACACCCUCGUGGUUUAGGAGUAAGAAUUAAUAAUUUCUGAAAAAAAAUGAAGCUGUUUCUCUGACAUAGCAUAUCUAGUCCAAUAUGUACAUACGCACCACUGUCAGGCUAAAUUAUAUUAUGGUUGCUUUGUGGAGGAGACUGCCUGCAUCCUGUUUGUAUCAUGACACUCCUUGUGACUGUGGAGGAGACUCAGAUCAUCCCAUGAAUGCACGGAGGAGACUGCUUGCAUCAUGAACGUAACAAGACUGCCUCCCUUGUUCUUGGGAGGAGACCUAGUAGCAUUUGGAAUGUUCCAUGACUGCCUCCAGAAGAAAUUAUUUUCCCUAGUCAUCUUCCACUUGGACUUCAACUGUCAAUUUAGACUUGACCUCAGACAGUAGUUGCUGAUUGGACUUAUUAGAGUCAGCUGUGCUGUAAUUAAGUAAUUAAGCUUUAACUGCCAGUUGAGAUCUGAAUAUAGUUAGAAUUAUGUUACAAGCUGGAUUAUGACAGUAAAUUGACUAGUAUAAUUAGAUGUAAAUACAAAUUAUGUUGAUCAACUGGUUUCCAUUACUAAAUUGGCAUGGAGUACAUAGUCAUUUAGUGUUCAUUACCUGAGCUGUGACCAUAGAGAAGACUGGUAGGUAGACUAGGUAUGUGAACUGGACCAGGUAUGCUUGUUAUUGAUAGUUGUUAAUGUUAUUGACAAACAGAAAAGUGAAUAUGAAUGGUGAAAGACAAUUUUAAAAAUAAUGAUAGCAUCAUUUUAAGGAAGACACCUUAUGAAUGACAAUACAUGAGUAAUUAUACAUUAUAGGGUAUAUCUGAUCUUAGCCGACUGAUAGUGUUUGAACGGUUUAGGUCUCCUCCUCAAAGAAGGCCAAAUGUAAUGGCCUGCGCCACUGUAAUAUUACAUAGGCCCUAUUGCCUUGCUCUUGCUGGCAUCUUGUUUUAAGAGUGAUCAGGCUUUGUAUGUCAGGCUUGCACUUGAUAUCUCAUUGAUUUUUAUUGGAAGUUUAAUCCUCUAUAUUGCAAACAAGAUGGCAGUAUUUGAGUACAACAGGGAUAUUAUUAAGGAAUGUAAGGAGAUAGCCACACCAAAGAAAUAAGAGAAAAAUACUUAAAGAAUAGUUUUAGUACAUCACAUUUAGGAACUGCGUAGCAUAUAAUUUAUUAUUAUUUAUUUAUUGCUUAUAAUUUAUUAAUACAAUUGCCUACAGGAGAGUGUAAUCUGUAAUGGUUAGUAUACAAGGCGAUAUCAAAUCUAGUUGUUUUGGGACCAAUUUAAGUGUCUUUUGGUCAAUUCGUGUAUCAUGGUGUCGUUCAGUGACGUGUUGUAUUCGUUUGAAACUUCCAACCCAUUUUUGAGGUAUGUUUUUAAAGCCCUUGGACUACCAUAAGAUACACUCUCUAGUGAAUUGCUAAUACUUAGCCCCUAUAAAUUUUAAGGAUAUUGGUAAAUGCCCGCAUAUUAUAAAGUAUUCAUUUUCGUAUUAAUGGAGGAAAUCAGGAGGCCCACACCUGCUACUAUAAGUUAAUAUUUUCAGCAAAAUAUUGAAUAUGUUGAAGAGAGACUAUAUGGUCUAUUUUGGACAAGUAUCUCACAGACUCAGGAGUGGAGAGUACCUAUUAUGUCACUUGGUUAAUUUGAGAGUGUGGAUCCACAUCCACUGGAGUGGUAUAAAGUGUUUCCAGUGAAGACGGCUGGUGACCUUUGGUGAUGACUGCCUUUGGUGAUUUGUGUAACUAGUGGUUAGCAGGGCCCCAGCAUAUCAGUGUUGCGCCCCCUUUGGCCUCGCCUGGUCAUUGACCCUGGUCCUGGCGGAACUGGCUGCCUGCACGGUCUCUCGUCUUGCGCCUUGCCUUCACUGACCCCACCCCGUGCCAGGAGCCGGCAGGCCCCUUUCUGCCGCCCACAUCACCCCCGGUCACUGACUCCCUUUCGCCCUGUGUCAAUGAAACUACCGACCAGUCCCUGUCACCCUUGUCCAUUAGGAGGGCCUAAUUCUAGGAGAUGAUGAUGGUUGUGUCAGGAAAGGUGUACUGCUCGACAGUGUUUACAGGGAAGGGUUGAACAGACGGGGGUGGAGGCGAGGCUGGACCUGGCGCGCCGCUCGUGUUUAACACAGCGCCUGCCCCUGGCCUCCUCCGUGCUCUCACCUCACCACCACAGUCACGGGACUCACCCCAACAGGGGACGCCGGUCCUGUUAAGCUAUAUGGUUGUAAAUCAAGUUGGCAAGCUCUGUAAGCUUUUAUAUUGUAAUUUUCUAGACCCCAGAUUCUUCUCCUUCCAAGAGAAUUUAAUAGCAUGGUAAAAAGUAGUUAACCAUUUGAAGUAGUUUGAUAGGAGCAUAAUUUAUAUCUGAUUUGCCAUAGUUAAGAGUAGGUGGCUUGACCCAGGCAAAGGCGCCAAGGGAUAGCCGGUAUCCUUAAUUAUUCACAAUCUCAUCAUGAGUCACUUGCGUGAGUCAGCCUCGUGAGUCAGUUGAGGUGGAGGAGCUUGAAACCUGCCACCAGCUGUGCUCCACUGUCGCCAAAUCCAUAGCCAGGAGUCGCUGGCACAAACGGCCUGGGCAAGUUUUCCAUCAAGUAAUAUUCUACCAGAUCAGCUAGGACAGGGUCUCUGUGGUACACACUCCAGUUGAGCCAUGGCAUUUUGCCCUGCAUAUGCCAGCUAUGUGUAUAAAUUUCUAAACAAGACUAGUAAAAUUUUUUAUAAAAAAGUUAAUGUGUAUGUGUGACCUCAUGAAAUAAGACAGUAUAGUCAUGAUGGCUUUAAAUAUGCCUUGGUGUGACAAUGACUUCAAUGUAGAUUUAUAAAUUUUGCAAAUUGUCAUGUACAGUUUUGACAUGUAUGGAAACAAGAAAAAAUAA